GCGGUGCGGAGUAGGAAGUGACCGGUAACCUUCACUCGGGGCCGGGAGCAACGGAGGAGAGGAUCGGAGAGCGCAGGGAGCGGCCAUCAUGGUGCUCAUCAAGGAAUUCCGAGUUGUUUUGCCGAUAUCUGUAGAAGAGUACCAAGUAGGCCAGCUAUAUUCUGUGGCAGAAGCCAGUAAGAAUGAGACAGGAGGAGGAGAAGGAGUGGAAGUUCUGGUCAAUGAGCCUUAUGAAAAGGAUGGGGAGAAAGGUCAAUAUACACACAAGAUUUACCACUUGCAAAGCAAAGUACCCACAUUUGUCAGAAUGCUGGCCCCAGAAGGUGCCCUGAAUAUGCACGAGAAAGCAUGGAAUGCCUAUCCCUACUGCCGGACCAUAAUUACAAAUGAAUACAUGAAGGAUGAUUUCUUGAUUAAGAUAGAAACGUGGCACAAACCUGAUUUGGGAACACAAGAUAAUGUACACAAGUUAGAACCAGAUGUCUGGAAGAACGUAGAAGUGGUUAAUAUUGAUAUUGCAGAUCGAAGUCAAAUUAUGUCAAAGGAUUAUAAACCAGACGAAGACCCAUCAAGAUUUAAAUCUGUCAAGACAGGCCGUGGCCCACUGACACCUGACUGGAAGAAAACAGUGGCGCAGCAGAAGGACUGUCCACACAUGUGUGCUUAUAAACUAGUGACGGUCAAGUUUAAAUGGUGGGGCCUGCAGAACAAAGUGGAGAGCUUCAUACAAAAGCAAGAGAGGCGGCUGUUUACAAACUUCCAUCGGCAGCUUUUCUGUUGGUUGGACCGAUGGGUGGAACUAACAAUGGAAGAUAUUCGCAGAAUGGAGGAUGAGACCAAGAAAGAGCUUGAUGAGAUGAGAGAGAAGGACCCAGUAAAAGGAAUGACUGCAGAGGAUUAGCAGUGAAGUGUUAUGCUCUCUUUGACGUUAAGUGACCAACAGGAUGCCUUUGUGCUCCAGUCCCGGCGGAUAGCUCACUUGUGGAUCAAGCCCACUCCUUGUUUUUGCAGACUAUUUUAACCCCAUUGUAGUAAAUUUUAGGACCUUUAUUAAUGUGAGCUAAUAUUCCUAUUUCAAGCAAGCACUAAAAUCUGACCGAGUGAGGAAGGAGCUCACUCUUCUGGUGCAUUGUGUAUAUAUUGUAUUAACAAAGCCCUCUACUCCUAUAUUUUCAUUGCCUCCAAACUCCUAAUUAAUUUAAUUUAAAUGUCACUUUUAGGAACAACCGUGUCUUGUGAAUUUUGUGAAUUGUAAAUUGUUUGUUUUUCCUUAAAAUGUGGAUGAACUAAUUUCAGCUAUUUUAUUUUUGGGACAGUCGGGUAUUAAGAUAAAGUAUAUUUUACAACCAA